AUGGAAAUAUUACAGAUUAGAAAAACUUUAAAACGUAAAGUUAUUGAAGAAUCGGGUCCAGUAGAUCGUAUAGUCGAAGAAGUAUACCACGCUGCUAAUCGUCAAUUUCAAUCCAAUGAUUUGAUUAUUAACUUACCGGCGAUUCAUAUAAUGAAAAAUACCUUCCAAAAACAACGUCGUAACACUCGUCCGCCAAUUCCCCAAUCGACUGAACAAUUUCCGUAUCCAUUAGCCGACGUUUAUUGCAAAACAACAAAAGGUGAGUUAUUUUUGUUAUACGAUGGCUCACUUGGUGGUACUCGUUCGCUCGUUUUCGCGUCGUAUAAUGACAUCGUUUAUCUAUUACAGCAAGAAUAUUGGUACAGUGAUGGCACAUUUUAUACGUGUCCAUCCAUUUUCUAUCAAAUAUAUUCGAUUCAUACAUAUUACAUAAGUUCACCUCAUCCAAAGAUUUAUAUUGCUAUUGAUUUACUUCAAAAGGAACAAUCACUAGCAUCGAUUGCAAGAGUACGAGAUGAUAUGGCAGCUUGA